AUGCCAUUCGGAGGCAAGGUUGUAGUGCUUGGAGGGGACUUUCGGCAAAUUCUACCAGUUGUGUUGAAAGCGUUGAGACACAUUGUUCAUGAUACAAUCAAUUCAUCACCGUUGUUGAUACAAUGUAACGUUAUGAAGUUGAACAAGAACAUAAGACUUGAGUUGCCCUCCUCUUCCGUCAAUGCAGAUGAAAUAAGAGAAUUUGCGAAAUGGAUAUUGAGAAUCGGCAAUGGCGAUGGUGGCGAGGUAAAUGACGGUGAUGCCACAUUUGAAAUUCCCGAUGACAUGCUGAUUCGGAAUUCUUCAGAUCCCUUUUUGGAUCUUAUAGAAUUUGUCUAUCCCGAUCUGGUGACCAACCUUUUCACUCCCGAGUAUUUCGAAGGCAGAGCAAUUCUUGCACCCACUAAUGAAAGUGUCGGUGUUGUGAACGAUCAUUUUUUGUCGAUCAUAACUGGAGAGGAUAAGGUCUAUUUCAGCUCCGAUAGUAUGUGCAAGGAGGAGUUAUUGUCGGAUGUCAACGCAGAUAUAUACUCACCUGAGUUUCUCAACACCAUAUCAUACUCCGGAAUUCCACCGCAUAAGUUGACAUUGGAAAGAGGUAUUCCCGUUAUGCUCAUCAGAAAUAUUGAUCAGGCCAGAGGAUUGUGCAAUGGAACAAGGCUUCAGGUUGUUAAUAUAGGAAAACACGUUUUCAACUGCAGGUUCCUAUCCGGUAAACAUAUUGGUGAUUUGGUGUUCAUUCCUAGAAUGACUUUGGUACCGUUCAACUCUACAUUGCCUAUUAAAUUCCAGCAACGUCAAUUUCCGUUGAUGGUAUCAUUCGCAAUGACAAUCAAUAAAAGUCUAGGACAGACUCUUUCUCACGUGGGUCUGUAUUUGCCGAGACCUGUUUUUAGUCACAUGCAACUCUAUGUCGCACUCUCGAGAGUUAAGAGUCGAAGUGGCAUAUAG